AUGAGCAUGUUCCGCUCCACCAUCACUGGGGCCAUUCUAGACGAUGGUUCCACGACCGAAAUCAGCGGGAUAACAGCUGGCCAAUUGGCCACCGUUUUGACGGCGUACACGCCUCUGACCGACACUGCCGCGAACACUGCCAGCAUCAGCGCCAACAGCAGCGGAGUGGCCAACAACGCUGCCUCGAUUGCGACUCUGCAGACGCAGAUCGAUGCGCUGCCCACGCCGCCAGAUUUGACGCCCUACGCUCUAGCCUCAGACCUCGCAGCUGCCGAGGGACAGAUCGCAGCAAACCAAUCCAGCAUCACUGCCUUCAACACCAGCCUGACGGCAGGCCUGGCUUCGAAGGCCAACCAAUCGGCGCUGGACGCCCUCCAGUUGGAGCUCCAAGGCAAGAGCACGCCGGCUUCGGUAGACACCAAGCUUGCGAGCUACAGCACCACGGCAGCAGUGAAUUCUGCGAUUACAAGCGCAAACAACGCCACCCUGGCCACAGUGAGCAGCACCUACGCGCUUCGCAGCGUCACCGACCAGUUGGCUUUGGACCUUGCCGCCAAGCAGUCGGGGCCCGACGUGGAUCAGAAGAUUGCCACGGCGCUUUUGGAUCGGCCCCGCACCACUGACUUGACGGCGGCGGUCAACUUGAAAACCACGCCUGCCGACGUGGACCAGAAGGUCGCGACCGCCCUCGUGACCUAUGCCACGCAGACGGCUCUGAACGCAGCGCUGGCCCUCCGCGAUGGUAGGCUGGACGCCGCCGAAGCCUCCGUAGGAGCGCUGCAGGCGGCAGGCUUUCAGACGGCCGCUCAGGUAGCUUCGGCCAUUGCCACAGCGUUGCUGAGCUACACAGACACCAUAGGCGUGAAUGCGAUGCUGGCGGUGCGGGACGGUCGCUUGGACGCUGCAGAAGCCUCCAUCACGGGCCUGCAAACGGCGGGCUACCAGACCUCGGCGCAGGUGGCGGGCGCUAUAGCCACAGCGCUGCUGCCUUACGUCCAGCAGACCGCCCUGGACGCCGCUCUGGGCCUGCGCGACCUCAGAUUGGACGGCGCAGAGGCCAACAUCCUGGCCCUGCAGGGUGUGGGGCCCUUCGCUAGCGCUGCUGAUCUGGAUUCCUUGGAAACCAGCCUGCAGAGCGCAAUUGACGCCGUGCUGGCGCAGCUGGCCGUGCUGGCCGCGGGAGCCGUGCAGAACGCGCAAGAAUGGGCGGGGCAGACCACCUUCGAGCUGCUGGUGGGCGCCAGCACUCUGCGGCGGCUGCACGUCACGGCUCCGCUGAGCAUCAGCCUGCAGAACGAGGACCUGGCCCUGAGCAUCGCCUGCGAUUCCUACAGCACGGCCCAGGCGGACGCCGCCAUCGCAGCAGCCAUCACGGCGGCCUUGCUGCCUUACGAGACUGCAGCGCAGCGAGACGCUGCAAUUACAGCCGCCCUGGCUGCCUUCAGCAACACUUCCGCGGUCAACGCACUGAUCGCUGCGGCCUUGGCCGCAUAUAGCACCACCGCUGAGAUGAACUCAGCCAUCGCUGCAGCUGUGGGCGCCAUUGACCUCAGCGGCUACUACAGCAGCGCCCAAACGGACGCAGCCAUCACAGCUGCUUUGGUGCCCGUGACCUUGUCGAAUGCGCCCGCCUGGGCCGCGAAUCCGCCCACCUGGGAGUUGCUGAAGGCCACCAACGUGCUGCGCAACCUGCACUUUGCUGGCCCGCUGCUGGCCAGCCUGCAGAACAACACCGACACGCUGCAGAUCGAAUGCGUUGCCUACGACAAGUCCGAGACCUACACUCAGGCGGAAGUCAACACCGUGGUCUCCGGCGCCAUCGACGCGCUCAACAUCACGCAGUAUCAGACCGAGACAGACGUGGACACUGCAAUCAGCGAUGCCCUGUUGGACUACUAUACCUCGGCGCAGGUCGACGCAGAAAUCGCCGCCAAUAGCUUCAACGCCAGUGACUACUACAACAAGACGCAAUCUGACAGCAGGUACUUCGUGUCCAACGCCGACGCCGGCAACAUCUCGCUGAUUCGGGACGCGGCAGAUGGCCGUUACAUCCAAUCCGGCAACCUGACCAGCCUGGACUCUCGCUAUUUUCCAGCCAAUGGGAAUGCUGGAGGAGGCGGGAUUUUCCCCAUGGUCAUCACCACCCUGACGCCGCGCAUGAUCCGCGCCAUCCUGCCCAGGGCGCCCCUGAGCGGCGCCCUCAUCCUGGGCAACGCCGGCACGCUGGAGCUCAGCUGCGAUUGCUACAGCAAGGCGGAGUCAGAUGGGAGGUAUUUUACCAUCGGCCAGUCCAACGCCAACUUCGCAGACAUAGCGGUGGAGGCGGACGUGGCCGCUCUGGACACUCGAGUCACGGCACUGGAGGCCAGCCCCCUGCCGGCAGACAUCUCCGUCAACAGCGUCUCUGCCACGGGGGACUGGCUGUCCCUGGUGGGCGGCGCUGCGGGCACCAGGAUCAGGGACAGCUCCAACAACGAUCUGAUCACCGUGACCAGCUCGGAGGCCUUCUUCGGAGUCCGAUCGCGG